AUGUCAGACCUAGAAGACCAGGUUGACGUGUCGGACGGUGGAGGUGAUGACCUUUUCGGCGACGAUGGGAGCGACGCGUCGCUGAUCGCGGACAACCCGCCCCUUCCUAGCGACGAUGACCUGGCUUCAGAGCCCGAUCGCCAACGCAGCCAGCGCAGUGAGACGCGUGAGCCAAUUGGCGGCGACGGCGAUGGCGAUGGCGAGCGACGAGAAAAAACCGUCGCAGAGGAGAUCAUCUACCGCCAUGGGCUCCCAAAGACAAAGGAUGGAAACGUUGGUUGCCCCUUCCCAUUCUUGACUUCAUGGCUGGUGUAUCUAACUACUCCGCAGAUGCAAGCUGCGAAAGUCCCCAACUUUCUGCGCUUCAUGCCGACCGAGUACAAAACGGACGAGUUUCAGCCUUCCGACUGGGCAAUUGAAAACUCGCUGCGAAAGAUACCCACCAACCUCGUUCGAUACCGGCGGAACCCCGACACGGGCGAGCUGGAGAGCAACUCAAACAUCUACAGGUGGAGCGAUGGCUCCUUGACCUUACAGGUUGGUGAAGAGCACUUCGACAUACAGGUCAAGGAUCAGGUGCCUCCAGCCAACAAACCGUACAUUCCUGACCGUGACGCUCAUCGAUACAUUGCUGCUGCGCACAUGGGCCACUCACAUUUGCUUACCGUCGCGCACAUCAACGAGGAGUGGACCAUCCGUCCGGAUAAGCAGCGUGUGGAUGAGGACACAGAAUUGCUGAGGGAAAGGAUGGGUCUGGCAAAGGGCGGAAUGAAAGAAGGCGAGAUGAUCAUCACCACCACAGAAGAUCCCGAGCUACAAAAGAAGCAGGCCGAGCAGGCUGAGAAGGAGCGCAUCCGCGCGCAGCGAAGACGGGAAAACGCAGCAGCGAGGAUAGACGGUGGUGGUGGAGGAGGCGGUGGAUUUCGGAGGGGAGGUCUCUCCAUUGAAGGCCUGGAGGGCGGCCGGCGCGCGACAGGACGGAAGCGUGGCCCGGGAGGAUCAUCGAAGCGAAGCGGUGGCGGUCGCCGCCGCAAUGACGAAUACGAUUCGGACGACGAUCUUCCUGCCGGAGCACACGGAAACGCCAAUGAAUAUGAUCGCGAAGACGACUUUAUUGCGUCAUCUGACGAUGGCAUGGAAAGUGGGGAGGAUGGCGGGGAAGAAGAUGACGAUAUUCUCGACGCUGUAGACAGAGAGGAUCGUGACAGACCACGAGCUAAGCGGCAGAGGACCGCUGAGCCUUCCGACGAUGAGGAUGCUGACGGCGAGCCAGAGGACCCAGCGCCUACGGGCACGUCGGCGGGUGGAGAGCAUGCUCGACGGAGGAUGCGACGUAUCGUCGAUGAUGAUGACAGUGAAUAA